AUAUUAGCUAACUACAGCAAUAGGUACAAAAUAAGAAGCUAUUUGUAAUAAAUAUGUAGACAACAGUCUACCCAGAACGCGAUAUUAGCCUAGCUACUCCGAUGCUUUCGACUUCAGCAGUGUCAGUGGUUCAUAUUAAAAUUCCACAGCUUAUAGGUAUGAUCUUCAACAUUACAAUACGUUUUAAUAGUAUAGCAUAGCCUAUAUACUUGUAGUGUUUUGUUUUUAGCUGGGAACAAACUGCACGAGAGCAUUGCGCGUUCAGGUUCAGCCUGUGACAGAUAGUGGGCGUGGUUUCGUGGCCACGCACCUGGAAGCCUAUAAAUUCCCGAGCUCAGUGUCAGACCUGCAUGUCACUGUCUGCGCGCUCGAGGAGAGAUCUUUACCCAGCACACCUCACAGAAGAGUACUCGGAUCUUUACUGGAUCGCCACUGUUAUAAACCAUUGUUUGCAGUAUCCGUGCGAUGAAAAUCCUUAAAGGGACUGAGACCGUUAAAAUGGACAGAAAGCUGUUGAAGCCUGAGGUAGAAAGAAGGAGAAGAGAAAGAAUGAAUCGGAGUCUGGAGAACCUGAGAACUCUUCUUCUGCAAGGCCCUGAGCACAAUAGUCCUUCACAAAGAAGACUAGAGAAAGCAGAGAUCCUGGAAUACACCGUUCUGUUUCUGCAAAACUCUGUCGCUCAGGCCAAAGCAAAGGAUGUGGAGAGAGAAGAGAAACAUCAGUUCGUGGACGGCUUUUCUUCAUGUCUUCAGAGAGCGGCCCGUUUCCUGUCGGAUGAAGGUGAUUCCCACGGGCUGGAGGCUUCCGUCUCAGAGACGAUGCGUCACCGUCUGACUCGACCUGCAUGUCGUCCAGCGUCAGACUGCCGCUCAGGGUCCAGAACGCCUCCAGAACGCAUGUUCCAGAUUCACAGAACUCUGUUUGCAAACAAGGACUUCCAUCCGCUUGCAGGAACAUUGUGCCAGACUCUAACAGGUUUGCCUCCUCAAACACACAGCACGCGACGGGCCGGCUCGACUCUCAGCAACAAGCAGCGGUCAGUCUGACGGUCUGGAGACCCUGGCCUUGAGAGAGAUCAAGGCUGAGACAUGGACUCAAAAACAUCGGGCUUGUGUAAUAAUCAGACAUGGUUCAUCUGCAGAGAGACAUGUUCAUUUCCAAAAAAAAUCUAAUGUUGUGUAAUGAUUUCGACAUCUCAUUGGAAAUGUGUAAAUAGUGUAUUAUAAACAUGGCAAUAUAUUUUUUACACAGAUGUUUUUUUUUUUUUCCUUUUUCUUUGCAUGAUCUGUACUGGGUGUAUGAUCAUUUGUAAUACAUAUCUGAUGUAUGUAUUUAUCUAUUUUGCACAUUUAUUUAUUCAUGAUGGCAUUCCAUUUUAUGCUCAGAUUUAUAGGUGUGUAUUUUGGAGAUUGAAGCGAAUACAUUCCAUCAUUAAA